AUGUUCCGCUUCACUAAGGCCAACUUCCACCAUUUAUGGCGAGGGACCUUCAAUUCAUCUACUCGUUCCUUGUCAAGGACAGGCUUCUCUUGGUCCAAACCUCGAUCUUAUGCCACAUACAAAGGCUUCAAUAACAAGUCUGGAUCGCAAUUCUCCAUCGCUGACCUCAUCAGGAACAGAAAUUUCCACUACGUUAUCGGCGGAUGUGUGGGCUUCUAUCUAUACAAUCUUAAUGAAGCUCCUUUUACUCAUAGAUACAGAUUUCUUUGGGUUCCGUACUGGAUGGAGAAGAAGAUAGGCGACUACUCUUACUCACAGAUAAUUUCUCAGUUCAGAGGUCAGCUCCUCCCAUCGUCGGACCCACAGUAUCGCAAGAUUCGUGAAAUAAUGAACAAGUUGCUUGCUACAGCUAUAGACAACACUCCAGAUCCCAAGCAAGCAGCCCAUUUGAAGAGCUUAGAUUGGUCCAUCAGUAUCAUCCAAGUCCAGGACCCAAGGAAGGAGCCUCCCAAUGCAUUUAUUUUACCCAAUGGAAAGAUCUUCAUCUUCUCUUCUAUCUUCCCCAUCUGCAAGAAUGAAGACGGACUUGCCACUGUUUUAGCACACGAGCUUUCCCACCAGUUGGCACACCACUCUUCGGAGCAGCUCAGCAAGCAGCCGAUUUACAUUGCUCUCUCCACUGCUUUGUACGCUGCAACAGGAAUAUCAUGGUUCAACGAUUUACUCAUUGCUGGUUUGCUUCAGAUGCCUUCCUCUCGUGAAAUGGACUGA